AUGCAGACGAUGGUGCCCUUAGCCACAUUUCUCUUUGUCUUUUCUAUCCUUAAACCUGGUCAGUUGUAUUAUUUGUACUUGAUUGUAGAGGGAAAAUGCCAUCCUGCAGACUCUUUUAACGUUUAUGAGCAUUCUUUCCUUUUAUAUUUUCAAGUGCUGAACUAGGUUACCUGAGAUGUUUUCCUUCUUUUCUAUAAUAGUGAGAAGCAUGAACAAGUGCAGUCCCAUUUUCAAAAUUAUUGGAUCGCAUCAUUAAAAAUAUUUCACUUUGUUCAGAAAGAGCAUUAAGCAUUAUUUAAAAGUUAAAAAUGCAACAGUUUUAUUAUGUUUUAGUAUGUUUUUGUAUAUGCUGGAAGCCACCCAGUGUGGCUGGGGCAACCCAGUCAGAUGGGCAAAGUACAAAAUAAUAACAAUAAUAAUAAUAAUUGAUAUUUCUUUGUUUUAUAAUCUUGCCUUUUCCCCAUUUAUUUCUGCCAGGAUCCCCCUCUGAAAUUCGACUGACUCAAUCUGGUGAGGGAGUUCGGAAACCUGGAGAAUCCCUCCAGUUGACCUGUGCUGUCUCUGGUUACACCAUCACUGCUGGCUAUUAUUGGCACUGGGUCCGCCAGCCUCCAGGGAAAGGAUUGGAAUGGAUAGGAAGGGGACAUUACAGCAGUUCAAGAUGGAACACAGAAUAUGGUUCAGCCUUCCAGAGCAGGAUUUCCAUCUCUCUUGACUCAUCCAAGAAUGCAUAUCAUCUCCAGCUGAAUUCCCUGACAGCUGCAGACACAGCCAUGUAUUACUGUGCAAGGGAACACAGUGACACAGAACAAGUCUUUCAUCUGUACAAAAAGGAGAAGCAUUCCUUUUUUCUGUUUCUGCUGCAAGUUCUUCCUUCAAUGAGCAACUUUUUCAUCCAGAAGGCAUUCAAAAUUACAUUUAUUGUUAUAAAAAAAUGUGUGUUGCCUGCAUUCAAUGAAUUCUUUUCUUCUUCUACCUUCCAACCUGGGAAGGUAGCCCAUCUAGGAGAAGCCCAUCUCCACAUGAAAUCCUGAAUCUCCAGAGAAAUUCAGAAGGAUCUGCACAUUAAAAUAAAACUGGGCAGACAGCGUGUCUAUAAAUAUUAAAGCACUGCUCCUCUGGUUUAUCAAAUAAAUUUCCAGGAUGAUGAGGGGAGUGGGGAGAAGAAGAGUUCUGUGACUGAUAAUUUCUUAAACUGGUUAUAACACUUCUGACUAUUUCUGUCUCAAGUAACUUAGAUUCCUAUGAAUCUUUAUGAAUGAUGCAAUUGAUGUCAGGAGCAAAUAGGCAGUGCAGUCUUCAUUCCAAAUAUAAUUUACAACGCAUAAAACCAUUUGUUUCUGUUUCUUUCUGUACUCAGACUGUACAUACUAGGAUGACAUAUUUUGGGGUAAAAAUGGAGUCAAAUCAGUCUGCUUCAUCAAGCAGCUUGUCCAAGCCAAAGAAAACUGCUUCUAUAUUUCUCUGAAUGAAAUCAUGGACCUCCAGCACAAUUUGGAAGGAGUCAGAGAUCUGGAUAUUAAAUAAAACUGUGCAGACAUUGUAUCUGUAAACAUGGAAGCAUUGCUCCUCUGGCUUAUCAUACUGGAAAUUACCAGGGUGGUGAGAGGGUGGAAGGAAGAGUUCUACAGUGGAAAGUUCUAGCUUCUCAUCAAAGAGAAUGAUUUUAGCAGGGCAUUGAAAUCACAGUGCUUUUAGGGAGAGAUAAUUAACAAUGCAUUGUUUUGUUUCAUAUGAUCCAUGUACAUUUUUUCACACAUAUCUUUACAAUUGUUUAUGUUUCUAUUUAUUUCAUUAAAUUUAUACCCAGCUUGAUUGUAAAGGAAGAAAAAAACAACAACACAACACUUUCAAGGCAGAUUACAAAAAGAAGCAUAUAUCCAUUUUCAAAAACAAUGUUUCCAAAAAUGCAUGGCAAAUUUCAGAUAAAUUUGAAUUUCAAAACAGAACUGUAUUUUGGACCACAUAUUACUUUAAGUGUGAGUUUGAUAGAUUUGGCUUUAAAUUUGUGCUGCAUUGAUUUUUUUUUACCGACCCCUAGCACAGAAACAUUACUAUCUUCACCUACAUUCUAUAAAGAUCUUGUGUGGCAUGUUUCAUCUCCCUACAUUGUGAAUCCCACACAGGUACAGAAGGAAAAUAAAAUAUGUGAUGCAAAUAUGUAAAGGAAACUGCUGAACAUCCAGAUUUUGCAGGAUUUCAAUUCCCAUAAUCUCUUUGCCUGAGUCAAUCUGCAUACCCUUUCCUGGAGCAUCGUGUUACUUCUAUAAACUGUUCCUAGGGUCUUUGAUAUGAACCACACUAGUUUUAGAGAGAAGAGAGGAAAUCUAACUUUGGAAUCUCAAAUAAUUCUUGAGACGGGGGUUCCGUGAAGGAGGGUUCAGCAAAAUAAUAAAUUAUGUGUGAAGCCAUACCACCAAUGAGGAAGUCACCUGGUUGAUACCACUUCAUGUGGAACAGUUAUGGGAUCAUCUGUGGGGCAAUUACUGGUAUCUACUUCAAACGCAUUGGGAGACAGGAAAAACACCAUAAUUAGGCACAGCAUCCUGGCAAUAAAACAAAUUCACUGCGUUCAUUGAAAGCAUCAGCUUAGCUUAGUUUAGAGGCAACAUGGGAAGAUAGUUUAGCUUCGUUUAUAGGAAACAUGGGUUUCAUAGCCUGCACACUAAGUGAAACAUUUCAUCCUUCCUUUAGCAUCAACAGUUACAAAGAAAUGUCUGCCUUGAAUAUUAGCUGACUUUUCUAGCAUGCUUCUUUAGUGUCUGUCUGAUAACAUGAGUAAAGGGAAACUAUAAGACAUGAAACUGUCAGAGCUCAACCUGUGUCUUGCCCCAGUCCCAGGUGGCACCACAUCAGUGGUAGUUUUUUUAUGCCUUUCCAGGCUUGGUUAUUUUUUUCUUUUCUUUUCUGCAGCCUAGCAUGAAACCUCUGGAGAUUUCCCCUGAUGACAAUGAUAGUGAUCUGAAUAAAUGCCGGAGACAAUAA